AUGGCAAGAGCAACAACACGAAUAAAAACCAAAACUUCCCACACAUCAAGCAGCGAGCAAGCGUUAGAGACAGUUGCUGAAACAACAACAACAAUAAAAACAGCAGCAAUAACAGCGACAGGAAAUACGAAGGCAUCACCAACAAGAACAACAACAGCAACGCGGCCGCCAACAAGAGUCCUUGAUGUGCCUGAUAGAGCAGAUGACACAAUGGCAACGGAGGCAACUUUAACGACUACCAAAGCGUUGACAAUUACGAAAACGAGUAUGACGACAGCAAUAAGCAUGCCACCACCAACAACCGCAUUGCCAACAACCGUAACACAACAAAUGACAACGUCAACUAUCGUCACAACUUCAACGGUAACUACAGUUCAACAAGCGUCAACAGCAACAUCAACAGUGACAGCAACAAAUGGAAAUGGCAAUCAUAAAAUCAACAACUAUGAAAUUCAUCAGCAACUGGCAGGAAGUGGAGAAAGGACAGUGCGAGCACCACAGCUGGCCACCUCUGAUGUGUGGCAAAGCACAAAUAAAGCAACAGCAGCAGCACGAACAACAACAACAACAACACGAACAUUAACCAAGUCAAUGCGCUGCUUGUCAACAUCAUCAUCACAAGCAUUAGUGGCAACAGCAACUAGUCCAUCAAGAAGAACUCCAUCUCCAACUCUAAGUACUCGUUCUCCAGCCACCGCUCCAUCGUCUGCAGUGGAGCAGCGCGCAUCAACAACCACAGCCACAGUCACAGUCUCGGCCACAGAUAUGUGUACCACCAACACCGCUACUAUCACCAGCACCACCAACACUUUGGUGGCCUUACGUUGCUGCCACAGCAGCCAUAUCACAAAUUCUAGUCCUACAGCUGCAGUCUUUCUGGGCUAUACUGAGGGCUCCUGUUGA